AUGGCCUGGCUGAUCCUCAUCACCUGCAUCCUGGUCUGCUGCUCAGAGCUGCUGCACGGCAAGGCUUCAGAGUACCAGCUGGAGUCAGAGAGUCUGAGCCCAUGUGAGUCGCUAAGGAGCGUGGCGGUUGCCAAGCAACAAGGUGACAUUCCUCACUGCACAGAAGAUGGCAGAUUCAGACCCGUGCAGUGCAGUGGGCGGGGUCAGGAGUGUUGGUGUGUCGAUGCUGAGGGUCGGGAGGUCGCUGGGACUCGAACCAGCAGCUCUGCUCCAAACUGCCCGUCUCCCUGCCAGCUGCAGGCCGUCCUGAAGUGUUCUGCUUCAGGCCAGUUUGAGGCAGUUCAGUGUGAGGCCAGCAGGGGGCAGUGUUGGUGUGUAGACCAGGACGGGAUGGAGCUGUACGGCACCCGACAGGCUGGGAGACCUCAGCGCUGUGCUGGCAGCUGUGAGGUGAGAGCGAGGCGGCUCCUCCACAGCUCCGGCUCAGCGUCUCCUCCUCAAUGUGCAGCAGACGGACGUUUCCUUCCUGUUCAGUGUAAACUCAUCAACAUGACGGACAGGACGGAGCUGGACCUGCUGCACGCCUUCAACAGGUUCCCAGAAGCCUUCGAGACGUUCAGCAGCUUCAGGAAGUUUUUCCCGCUCGUUUCUUCGUACUGCUUCUGUUCAGACAGCCGAGGCCGAGAGAUGCAGGACACAGGUGUGGAGCUGCUCCUCUCGGAGGUUUACGACUCUGCAUUUUCGGGUCUCCGGUCCGGUCGUUCCUUCUCUCAGACCAACGUCUACAGAGUUCUGCAGCGGAGGAUGCUGGGAGUUCGCCUCGCACUCACCGGACACUUCAGAUGUCCGUCUCCCUGUGAGGAGGAGCGGCGUGCGGCGAUGGAGGCGUCCAGCGUCUUCGUCCCGUCCUGCGAGUCUGGAGGAUCCUUCAGUUCCGCUCAGUGCCAGCAGGGGGGGCAGUGCUGGUGCGUCGAUGCCACAGGGAGAGAACUUCCUGGAACCCGUCGCCAUGGAGACGCUCCGAUCUGCAGUUCAGGUCCUACAGACUGUCCCUCUCAGCGUCGUCAGGCUUUGUCUCGCCUCCUCUCGGGUGCCGCUGCUCCUCCUCUGACCUCCUCAGACAGAUCUCCUCCCUCCUGUCGCUCUCUCCUCCGGCCCCUCAGGCACCUCCUGCCGGUGGAGGAGGACCUGACCUCCUUCCUGUCCCGGCUGGUUGAAGUCCUCCAGGGUCUCUUCCCGUCAGUGGGAGGCGCUGUGGAGGCGCUGGCUCGCUCCUCCCCCCGCCGCCUGCAGGAGAACCUGUUUGGAGGGAAGUUCCUGAAGAGCGUCGCCUCCUUCAACCUGAGCGGAGCGGUGGGAGCACGAGGAGCGCUCGGCCUGCACCUCCUCUCUCAGGAUGUCACCUCCCGUCUGCAGGAGAACCAGGACCUGGUCCAGACUGUGAGCAGGACUCUGGAGGACCCCGACUUCGUGUCUGCACUCCAGCACACACUGAUGGAGAGGAGCAGCUCCUCCUCCUCCUCCUCCUCACUGCAGGAGGUUCUGACUCCUCUGCUGCGUUCCUGCUCCGGUGAUGAUGAUGAUGAAGCUGCUGGCUCCCUCUUCGUCCCUCGCUGCACCCCCCUCGGUGGCUUCGAGCAGGUUCAGUGUGGAGCGGCUGAGUGUUGGUGCGUUGACUCUCGUGGUGACGAGGUGUCGGGUUCUCGGAUCGCCGGUCGUCGUCCUCGCUGUCCGACCCGCUGCGAGGAACAGCGAGCGGCGGCCAUGAAGCUCAGAGCCAACAUGGCGGCCGGAGCGGAGAUCUACGUCCCUGCGUGCUCGGAGGACGGAGACUUCCUGUCGCUGCAGUGUGAUGGAGCUCGAUGCUUCUGCGUCGACGCUGAUGGGAAAAUGAACACGGCCGGGUCAGCAGGGGGCGCCGUCACCUGUCCAGAGAGAGCAGAGAAGAAGAAGUCUGCAGGAAGUUGCUCUCAGGUGUUCGCUGAUGUCACCGCGUUCAGACAGGAAGUGAAGAGCAUCAUUGCGCUGUCUAACUCGUCCCGCCUCCCGCUGGGGUACGGCUUCCUAUUGGCCGAAGGUCUGCGUCUGACCCCCGAGGAGCUGCAGAUCGGCCAAUCAGAGGAGGAGCUGCAGGUGUCUGAUAGGCUGCUGAGCCGCUCCAAAGCUGCGCUGCGAUUGGCUGCUUUCUCCACUCUUCAGAUGUUGCUGCCACCUCAGCGUCGCUCCUACCAGCCGUUCACUCCACAGUGUGACGCUGACGGACACUGGCUGCACACACAGUGUUACCACAGCACAGGUCAGUGUUGGUGUGUUGAUGAAGAUGGAGAGUACAUCCCCGACUCUCUGACCAGCCGCUCGCUCCACCUGCCCAAAUGUCUGACUCGCUGUCAGAGAGCUCAGACUCGCUCUCUGCUCUCUGGUUGGAUGAAAGGCUCUGAUGUCACCAACGUCGCCACUUCAUCCUACCAACCAAAGUGUGAGAAGGACGGUCGUUUCUCACUGCUGCAGACAGGAGGCGCUGCAGCCUGGUGUGUGAAUCCUGCGACCGGAGAGACGAUACAGACGGCAACACGGAGCCCGACAGGACAGCUGACAUGUCCCAGCUGGUGUGAGCUUCAGGGUCUCCGUCAAUGUCGCCCCGACGGCUCCUUCACUCCGCUCCAGUGUGAUGUCACUUCCUGUUGGUGCGUCUCAGAGGAUGGACAGGAAGUGGGCGGGACCAGGACGCUGCGACAGACAGGAAGCGUGCCGUCAUGUGACCGUCCUCUCUGUCCCGCCCCCGCCGUUACCCAUGGUGCACUGGUGUGCCGCCCCGCAGCCGAUGGCCGACAGAGCUGUGACCUCGUCUGUCACCGUGGUUACCAGAACGCACUUCCUGUCAGCAGCUUCCUGUGUGAGACGGACAGUCGGAGGUGGGCGGGACUUCAGGCCCCGCUGCCCGGAGCCUGCCAGGUCUCUCGGCCUCUACAGUCGGUGUCGUCCUCUCAGCUCUGGACGCUGCCGCCGUCGUCCUGCUCUCAGAUCAGCAGCUUACAGCCGCUGCUGUUCAACAUGAUGACCAGCAGGGGGCUCUGCUCUGCUCAGCUCUCCUCGUCCGGCCGCUCCGUGUCGCUGUGUGACGACUCGACGGUGCGUCUGCUGUGUAACCGUGACGACGACGCGCUGACGCUAACCAUCAGGUGGACCGCCACGCUGUCCGACCUUCCGACCUCUGACCUCCCCGACCUCCACGACAUCGCUCUGUUCCUGAAUGAGACUCGUCUCCUGGAGGAAGUUCGGGAGCUUCUGGGUCAGCUGACACCGGAGCCCAAACUGGUUUCCGUGACGAUUCCGAGCUUCGGCUGUUCCCGUGGUUACCACCUGGACGGUGACGGGGAAGGCUGCGUCGUUUGUCCUGCUGGGAGUUUCUUCAGGGAGGGGGCGUGUCCUCUGUGUCCGACGGGAACCUAUCAGGAUGAAGAGGGGCGGGACUUCUGCAACAAGUGUCCCAGAGGAUCCUCACCUGCUGGAGCAUCGUCUGUCAAUCAAUGUGUGACAGAGUGUCAGAGGCGGGGCUUACGCUGUUCAGACCGCGGCGACUUCCUGCCAGCACAGCCUGACUUCCUGUCCGACAGGUGGAGGUGUGUCGAUAGCGAGGGGGCGGAGCUCGAGUGGACCAAUAGCGACGCACCGCUGACUGAUGACGAGUGCUCAGUUCUCAGCAGGUUUCAGGCUGUUCCUGGAUCAGAGCUGAUAGUUGGAGCUGAAGACGCUGAAGUCCUGCAGACGAUGACCUCUGACCUCCGAGCCUGUGUCCAAGCGUGUGCAGUGCAGCCGUCCUGUCACCAUGUGGCGCUGAUCAACGGACAGACUCAGUGUGAACUGUACAGCACACACACACUGAACACACACUGCAACACCUCCCAGCAGACUAAAGGGUUUCUGGGUAAUCCUGAGGCCGAGCUUUUUGAUUGGCUGAGCUGCUUUGUGAGGGUGAGGGGCGGAGCUUCUGACCUGCUCAUCAUCAGGAAGAAAGGGGCGGAGUCUCCCUCGCAGCAGCAGCAGCAGCAGCAGCAGCAGCAGCAGCAGCAGCAGGGCUUUGUGAGGAUGAGGAUGAUGAAGGCCGUCUCAGGUGUGUUCAGGACUCAGGUGUUCUCCUCUAGGCGGACCUCUCUGUCUGACGCGCACCGUUUCUGUCAGGACGGCUGCAGCCGCGACACCUGCUGCCACGGCUUCAUCCUGAACCAGAACAGCCUGAACGGAGGUUCCCUGCUCUGUGGUUGGCUGAGAGCUCCGUCAGUCCUGAUGUGCGGAGAAAAGGACUGGGACGUCAUUGGACAGGGUUCAGCCAAUCGGAUCUGUGGGGCGGGGCUUACCUACAACGAACAGCAGCGAAGCUUCCUGUUUGACUUCGGAGGACAAAAGUUCACCAUCACUGAUUCUGCUCUGCCGGCCGACAGUAAGAACAAGAAGGACUACCAGGCCUCCAUCGUCAGCUUCCAGGCCGUCUACCUGAACACAGACGCUGAGUCGGCAGCUUCCUGUGCAGCAGCAGAGCUCAGUCCUCCUGCUGAUGUUUCAGUACAGAUGAAGUUUGAGUCUCUGUCGGAGGACGACGUCCUCGUGGAUCCUCAGAGGAAACUUCCUGUUCUCUCCUUCUGGCUCAACCAGCAGAACUACGACUCCCAGCAGGCAUUGCUCUGGUGUCUCACACGCUGUGAUGAGGAGCAGCAGUGCUCCGUGGCGGACCUCAGAGACGCUGACUCAGCAGGUUUCUUCAGCUGCUCGUUGUUUUCGGACACUCGAGUGUGCGGUGCUUACGACACGCCGCUGAGACGAGCCUGCCGCCCCCUGCUGGACAGGAGGCCCAACAGCACCUACAGCAAGAAGGUGGACCUGUCCGGACCGGUGAAGAGUUUCUAUGAGAGAGUUUCCUUCCAGAAGAUGGUUUCUUACUCCGUCCGCAGCCGAGUCACCCUGAAAGAAAACACACCGCUGUCUGAGGGCUUCAUGCAGUGUGAACGGCGCUGUGACGAGGAUCCUUGUUGCCGUGGUAUCGGCUUCGUCCGCGACACCAAAUCCGCAGGUAUCCAUGGUGUGGUGUGUCUGGCUCUCAUCAGUCUCGGGGUUCAGACCUGCGGUGAGGACGACAGGACGACCUGGAGGACUCAGGACUGCAGCGAGUCUGACGUGAAGACGACACCAGAUCCAUUCGGCUGGUACCAGAAACCUGUGAAUCAGUGGAGUUCGUCUCCGUCUCUCUGUCCUCCGUUCAGCCUGCCGCCUAGCAACGUGUCGGAUCAGUGGCGGCUCCACGCUGACUCAGCAUUCCUCGUCGACCCGUCUGUCUCUACGUAUGACGUCAUCCACGUGAGCCGUGACAUCGCUGUGGACCAGGACAGGACGAGGGACUGGUGUCUCCACGCGUGUGAGGAGGCGGCGUCCUGCGUGGCGGUGUCAGUCGGACAGACGGAGUCGGCAACCCGCUGCGUCCUCUACCCCGACACCAGCGUCUGUGGCCCCGCCCCCGGCUCAGGCUCCGCCCCCCGACACUCCUGCAGGCUCAUCAUCAGAGAGCCCGCCCCCCAGCUGUACAUGCGCACAGAGUGGGUGCCGUUGGUUACGUCCGUCUCCAUCCCGGGUCACGGGACCCUGCGGGGCGUUGCCGUGGAAACGGCCCUGGGCUCAGACAGGAAGAAGGUGGCUCAGUUCCUCGGAGUCCCGUACGCCCGUCCACCAAUAGGAUCGCUCCGCUUCGCAGCAGCUCAGCCGGCUGAUUGGACGGGAACCUGGGACGCCACGAAGCCACGGCCGAGCUGCAUCCAGCCGGGUGAUGAAGAGUCAGCAGCCUCCAGUGAGGAUUGUCUCUACCUCAACGUCUUCACUCCUGCAGGCCUGGGGGGGCGUGUCCCAGUCCUGGUUUUCUUCUUCAACCCGUCGGCCAAUCAGAGUCCAGGACUGCUGGAUGGCUCCACCCUGGCUGCCGUCGGAAACAUCGUCGUGGUAACAGCCAGCUACCGAACCGCAGCGCUGGGCUUCCUGAGCACAGGGUCGUCGGCUGGUCUCCAUGGUAACUACGGCGCGUCGGACCAGGAGGCGGUGCUGCGCUGGGUUCAGGCUCACGUGUCUCUGUUCGGAGGAGACAGCGGCAGCGUGACGGCGGCGGCGGAGCGGCGAGGCGCUGACAUCAUCAGCCUGCGCCUGCUCUCCUCCUCCGCUCCUCUGUUCCAGCGUCUGAUGCUCAUGGGCGGUUCGGUGUUUUCUCCGUCGCUCCUCCGCUCGCCCUCCGCCUCCAGACGCCAAGCGCUGCAGCUGGCCGCCGAGCUGGGCUGCCUGACCUCUGACCCCGCCCACGACAACGAGACCGUCGCCUGCCUCAGAGCGGCACCGGCACACACACUCAACGCUGCUCAGACCAAACUGCUGGCGGUCAGCGGUCCGUUCCAGUCCUGGUCAGCUGUUCGUUCCUCCGACUCUCCGUCGUUCCUCCACAGAGUCGACCUGCUGUUAGGAACAUCGGAGAACGACGGUCUGAUCAGCCGAGCUCGCCGGAUAAAGGACUUCGAGGCUCUGCGUGGUCGAGCUGACGGUAAGACGGCGUUCUACGAGGCUCUGAGUCGUUCGCUGGGCGGAGCGAAGGGCAGCGACCUGCUGAAGGAGGCGGCGGCUUGGUUCUACUCUCUGGAUCACAGCCCGUCUCCCGCCGGCUACAACCUGUUCUCCAGAGCGCUGAACAACGCCACCAGAGAUCUGUUCAUCGUCUGUCCCAGUCUGCAGAUGGCUAGCCACUGGGCUAACAGCAAAGCUAACGUCUUCCUGUACCACCAACCAGCCGAUGCUAACAGCAGGGCUGAUGUGUCCGUCCCAUUGGAUGUUCAGCUUGUGUUUGGAGCUCCUCAUCAUCAAGCCAGCUCUCAGCGUUUCACCGCCUCAGAGCGACGCCUCUCUCUGGCCGCGAUGACCUACGUCUCCAGCUUCGUCCGCACCGGGAACCCGAACCCGUCGCCGGUUUGGCCGGAGUCUCUUCCUCGCUGGCAGCCGGUCCUGUCCUCCGAGGCUUCGCCUUCCUACCUGCAGCUGAGUCCCGGUCUGGACCAGAUGACAGGUCUGAGUCGGACCAGCUGCUCCUUCUGGAGCCAGCUGGGACCCAGACUAAGCUCCCAGAGCGGUGAGUUGGGGGAGGAGCUUGUCAAGCCUGCGUUGACCUCUGACCUCCCAUUGGCCGCACCUUCCAGCCAAUCACAGACUGAGAAAGACGCCUACAGCUAA